AUGUCGUCCCAAUCUCCGCCAGUCCUGCCCAUCACAAACCCCCCACCACCUCCCUCCACAACUGCCACGACCACCGCCGCCCAACCACCACUCCCUCCCCACGCUUUCCGCGCAUUUCUCAACAACAUUACUGAAUCCGUCCGCAACGGUUUCUCUCAACGACGUCCCUUUUCUGAACUAAUCGAUAGAUCUGCUUUUUCCAAACCCGAAUCCAUAUCCGAAGCUUCGGCCCGCAUCCGUAAAAACUAUUCCUAUUUCCGCAUCAAUUACCUCGCCGCUAUUUCCGUAAUCCUCGCGUUUUCCCUCCUUUCUAAUCCUUUCUCUCUCCUCCUCCUCCUAGGCCUCCUCUGUUCUUGGCUAUUCUUGUAUCUUUUCCGCCCUUCGGAUCAGCCUUUGGUUCUCUUCGGCCGGAAUUUUAGUGACCGUGAAACGCUCGGGAUUCUGAUCGUUUUGAGUGUUUUCGUUGUUUUUCUAACGAGUGUUGGAUCUGUGAUAAUCUCAGCACUUUUGAUCGGUGUCGGACUUGUUUGUGCUCAUGGUGCUUUUCGUGUUCCCGAGGAUCUUUUCUUGGAUGACGUUCAAGAAAAUGCCAAUACUGGGUUCUUGUCUUCAUUCCUUGGUGGCACUGCCUCUAAUGUUGUUGCCUCCGCCGCGCCUAUUGUGGCUGCCGCCCGUUUGGAUUUCCUCGGUCUGCAAGUCAUGGACCCGUAUGUUAUACUCUUCCUUAGACCCAUAACUAUAAAUUCUGCAGUCACGUGGAGGAAGAUGGACUACUGCGGUUCAUGGCUCUAUUCAAUUAUCCAUGCAAUGCAAUCAAGAGGUUUAGAACGAUGCCCCAAGCUCAUGAUUUGUCGAGGCCCAGAGGCCAUAAGGACGCAUGCAGACAAAAGCCAAUCUCAUGAAUUUAAACCCAAGUAA